GGUUAUUUCCCUAUCCCCCUGCCCUCUCUCUCUCUCUCUCUCUCGGAGAGAGUAUUUUUUUUUCCUUUUUUUUUUUUUUUGUUCUUCUUCUUUCUUUUCUUUUUAUAAGCCUAACCUAACCUAACUGACCGACCUUCUUCUCCAAAUUCCCAAAACUGCCCCUUCUAUUUCUCUAAAUUUACUCGGCCUUCGGCCAAUUCUCGAAAACCCUCUGCUGAUCUCCGCCGACACGACGUAGCUUUGCUUUGCCUCAUUCUCAGUCUCAGUCUCUGUGUUUUUCGUUGUGCCGUCGGUAUGGACAGAUCCGACGGCGGCAAAGACUUCAAGGUCUUCGCUGGGAAUAAUAAUAAUUCCUCAGAUAGUGCACGCUUUGAUGCUUCGCAGUAUGAGUUUUUUGGUCGAAAUGUUUUGCAAGAAGUUGAGUUGGGAGGGUUAGAAGACAAUGAAGAUAAUGGUCCUGCAUUUGGACCUGCUGAUGAUGAGUACCAUUUGUUUGACAAAGAAGAGGGUGUAGGUUUGGGAUCUUUGGCAGAUGUGGAUGAUCUGGCAACUACUUUUGCCAAGUUGAACAGAGUUGUAACAGGACCAAGACACCCGGGAGUUAUUGGUGAUAGAGGAUCCGGAUCCUUUUCACGGGAAAGUUCAUCUGCGACCGAGUGGGCACAAGAUGGAGAUUUUGGAAACUGGUUAGACCAGCAAAUGUUUGAUGCAGAAAGUGGUCAAGAUGAGAAGAGGUGGUCAUCACAGCCUCAACCUUCUGCUCGUCUUGGAGAAUCAAAACCUUUGUACAGAACAUCCUCAUACCCUCAGCAGCAACCAGUGCUGCACCACUACUCCAGUGAACCAAUUCUAGUACCCAAAUCAACUUUCACGUCUUUCCCUCCUCCUGGAAGUAGAUCUGAACAGGGUUCACCACACCAUCUGAAUAUGCCUUCUCUUGGCAGUGGUUCUCAGAUACCAUUCUCUGCACCGAACCUCUCUCCUUUAUCUAACUCUAAUCUUCAUUUGGCUGGUUUAGCUCAUGGGUUGCACUAUGGUGGGAAUAUGCGUCAGUUCACCACUUCUGGCCUUUCUUUUAAUAACAGGCCACAAAACCACUGGGCCAACCAUUCUGGCAUGUUGCACGGGGAUCACUCUAGCCUUUUGAAUAAUAUUUUGCAGCAUCAGUUACCUCAUCAAAAGGGUGUCAUGUCCCCACAAAUAAUCUCACCCCAGCAGCAGCUGCAACAACAGAGACUGCACCAUCAAGUUUCACCAUCUAUGGCCCAUUUUGCAGCACUGCAGUCACAACUGUAUAGUACUCAUCCAUCAUCCUCACAUAAGGCUAUACUGGCAGAUAUGAGAGACCAAAGACCUAAAUCAUCUCAAAGAGGCAAACAUAAUAUGCGUUUUUCUCAGCAGGGUUCUGAUGCUAGUAGCCAUAAAAGUGACAGUGGGUGGGUCCAAAUCAGAUCCAAGUAUAUGACAUCUGAAGAAAUAGAGAGUAUUCUUAAAAUGCAGCAUGCUGCUACACAUAGCAAUGACCCAUACAUUGACGACUAUUACCACCAAGCAAGUCAAGCCAAAAAGGCUGCUGGAUCAAGGUUAAAACAUCCUUUCUGCCCAUCUCACCUGAGGGAGCACCCUUCUCGAGGGCGUAAUAGUACAGAACAACAUCCUCACCUCCUAGCUGAUGCCCUAGGGAGGAUUCCCCUCACUUCUGUACGUAGGCCUCGCCCCCUCCUUGAAGUUGAUCCUCCUCCCUCUGCUUCUGGUGAUGGCUCUGAGCAGAAAGUCCCUGAGAAGCCUUUGGAACAGGAACCAAUGCUUGCUGCUAGAAUUACUAUUGAGGAUGGCCUCUGUCUUCUUCUUGAUAUUGAUGAUAUCGAUCGGCUGCUACAGUUUAGUCAGCCCCAGGAUGGGGGUACUCAGCUCAGACGAAGGCGACAGAUGCUGCUAGAAGGUCUGGCGGCAUCACUUCAGCUUGUAGAUCCACUUGGCAAAAGCAGCGUCUCUAUUGGCCCAACUGCCAAGGAUGACCUUGUGUUCCUACGGUUGGUUUCUCUUCCUAAGGGUCGAAAACUCCUUUCUAGGUUCCUUCAGCUUCUCUUCCCUGGUAGCGAGCUUGCCCGAAUUGUUUGUAUGGCUAUUUUCCGUCAUUUAAGGUUUUUGUUUGGUGGCCUUCCAUCUGAUAAAGGGGCAGCUGAGACAACCACAAAUCUUGCAAAGACAGUUUCCUCAUGUGUUAAGGGCAUGGAUCUACGAGCACUUAGUGCUUGUCUUGUUGCAGUUGUUUGUUCAUCAGAACAACCACCACUCCGCCCUGUUGGAAGUACUGCUGGAGAUGGGGCCUCUGUUAUUUUGAAGUCAGUCCUUGAAAGGGCAACUGAACUCUUAACUGAUCCUCAUGCUGCUGGCAACUGUAGCAUGCCUAACCGUGCCCUGUGGCAGGCUUCAUUUGAUGAAUUCUUUGCUCUUCUUACUAAGUACUGCCUGAGUAAAUAUGAAACUAUUGUGCAAUCCAUACGUUCACCCACCCAACCAAGCACAGAAGUCAUUGGAUCAGAGGCAGCCAGAGCUAUUAGUAGAGAAAUGCCUGUGGAGCUUCUACGUGCCAGUCUUCCUCACACUGAUGAGCACCAACGGAAACUUUUGUUAGAUUUUGGUCAACGAUCCAUGCCCAUUUCUGGGAUCAAUCCCCGUGGUGGAAGCAGUGGCCGGAUAAACUCAGAAUCAGUGAGGGGUUAAUAGAGGUUGACAAAGGAUAAUUUAAAUGAUUUUUUGGAAACGUCCAUGAUUUAAUUGGGUUUUUAUCUGCCUCUGGAUGCUUUCAUGGGGUUAAAUAUAUAUUUACUCAAUGGCCCCUUGCAUGCAUUUGGAAGUGAACCUAUCAAGAGGUGAAUGUGGUUAGGGUUGAUAUUUGGCAGCAUGGGGAGUGGAUGCAAGGCAUGUGUAGUUUAUUGUAGGCGCAGUUCAAGGCUCCAGUGUAAUCUUUGUUAUUCUAAGCUUAUUUCAGAAAAUUUUCUAUGAUUCUCAUUUUGACGAAUUGAUAGUCUUGCAUAAAUGUGUAUUAUGAUGGAAUUCUUGAUGUUUGUCUCUUAAGAUUUUUCUUCUGGAGCCUUUAUUUUGGUGCUUUGGUAAGUCCAGUAUAGAACUUUGGUAGGGUUUA